AUGGAAGAUUAUACAAAGUAUACAGACAGAUAAAGCUACCAAUAAACAUAAACCUAAAAUACAGAAAAUUUUUUCAAAGGCGAUGAUAAAAAAUUUAAUUUCUAACUAGAAAAAUUUGAUGAACAAAAAAAUAUGUUGAAAAAUGUUCUUACAAAAAACUCACCAAUAAAAUGUAAUGUUGAUUUUAAUGAAAGUGAAUCUAAAUCUGAUACACGCAAAGAAAGUUAAUUUGGAGAAAAGUAAGAAAAGAAAAAAGGAAUAUUUGAAGAAUAUCAAGAGAAAUGGAACAAAAAUAACAAAAAUAUUUUUCGGAGGUUGAUUAUUUGGAAAGUAGGCGAUGAUGGUAAAAUUGAAGAUCAACUUAAGUUGAUGGUAACGUAUCUAAUCAUUAUUUUUUCGCUGAUUCUUUUUAUAUCCGGCUCUAUAACAUCAGCAUAUUUUAAUCUUAGCAAUAAGAGCGUUAUUUAAAAUAUUAUUCUUGACCAAGCAAAUGAGAUACUUGGAAAUUCAAUUAUGCAAUACUCUAAUUAAACUGAAGAAAUAUUUGCAGGUUAUGAAUACAUAGUUUCUUACUUAAGUGAUAUCUUUUUAACAAAAAUGUAAGUUACUAAUAAACUUAUAGACUACAAUACGAUAAGUGCUUUUCCUUUGAAUGGACCUGGUAAGAUGCAUUACAGGACAGAUCCAUCAUCUCAAUGCUCUAUUUAUUAAGGAACUACUUUGUAAUUUGGGAAAAUAAGCUUGGAGUGCAUGGAUUGGUAUUAAUACGAUAUAAAUGCAGUCCCAUAAAAUUUGAAAGAUAUCUACUAGGGAGUAUUCCCUACUUAGAAGAUAAUCGAUAGCUUUGAUGUUUUGAAUUACAUUUUAGAGGAACAAUUUUUUGAUUACAUAACGACUUAAGUAUAAAAUAUUUAUUUUGGAAUUGAAUAGUAAAUGACUAUUGUUAUGUAUCCUGGACUUUAUUUAGCUGGCUUAGACAAAUAUAAUAUGUAUGAGCGCCCAUGGUAUGAAAAUACAAAAAAUUUGCACUUAUAAGCUAGCAAUAAUAAAGUGUACAGAGUAUUAACAACUCCUUAUAAAGACGCUGUCACAGGUAAUACGGUCAUAACAGUUUCAAAGCCAAUUUUAAUACCAAACGAAUAAGAUGUUCAAAAAAGAUACGAGGUUGGAAAAGGACAAUUUUUGGGAGUUGCUAGCAUUGAUAUUGUUUUGAGUAACUUCUAGCAUUUGUUUGAAAAUUUGAAUUUUUAUUAAACAGGAUAUUUUAUGAUGGUUGACUACUAAGGUAAUCCAAUAAAUUAGCCACAAUAAUUUAUGAAUUAAAUUACAAACAAUGGAAAUUAGUAAAUUCAAGGUGAUGUUAAUAUUAAUCUACUUCUAAGUUCUUCUGAUUGGCAAAGAAUUUAGUAAUCAGCUAAGAGUUAUCAAGGAUAAAAUUAGUAUAGUAUUUUAGAAGCAACUACUCUUUAAAAUUAAGAAAUUAUUAUAGCAAGUAAUGUAAAUACUAAUAGUUAUUACGAUUCUCAUGGGAUGAUUAAUCUGAUUAUAGUGCCAAAAAGUGAAAUCCAAAGUUAAAUAACAAUCUAAAAUGACUAAAAUUUUAAAAAUUUGAUGAUUUCCAGCUUUGUUUCUUUUGGUUUCUUCAUUAUCUUGGCAAUAAUAUUUUCUUAUUUUAUAAAGAAGAGUAUAGUAAAAAUGGUAUAUUGUAUAACUGAAUUGAAUUAAAGCGCCAGGAGUUUGAUAGAUAAUUAAGAGACAAAUAGUCCUUUAGAAAAAUUCGAACAGAAUUUAAAUACAUAAGAAGACGAAAAAAGCUAGAAGAAAAAAGAAGUGAUGAAAAAUCUUGAGAGUUUACAUUAAAAAUCAUAAAACCAGACAAUACGAUAGCUAAUAAAAGGUUUCUAAAAUUAAUUAAAAGGCAUAUCAUAAAUUGGUAGAGGAGAGCAAAACAUCCUGAAAAACUGCAGGAGUGGACUUGUAUACGACACUGGUACCCACUCUAAUACACAAGUUGAGUAGUAUAUCGACCCAUUAAUAGAUUUCAUAAAUUCAAAAGCUAAUGGAGUUGCAAUAGAGUAAGAAACAGAAGAGAAAGAAGCUAUUUGCGAAACUGUUUAUAAAAGAAAUUAAUAAUACAGUUAUAAAUCUAAUUAAAUAAUGUAAACAUAAUAAGAUUCAUUCUAGCAUUCACAUUCCGAGAAUUGA